GCCGGUAACUGCAGGAGGCACAGAGAGAGGAGAAGAGGGAGAGAGCAAAGGCAGCAAGGGGAAGACCACUCUGUACUGAAGGGCUACAAAACUUGUUUGCCUGCCUCUCAAAGAUUGUGAGGGUUGAUUCCACCAGACACUGUCGACCACCCUUUUCCUCUUAUCUGUCUGCUAUCCUACUCCUUGCAGCCAUGGCACCCACUCUAGCCACGGCAUUUGCCCGCCGCUGGUGGAUGGCAAUAACAGCCAUCAUUGAAAACCUGCUCUUCUCGGCCGUUCUGCUGGGUUGGGGCUCCUUACUCAUCAUGCUGAAGUCUGAGGGCUUCUAUUCAUACCUCUGCACAGACCAAGGAAAUAGCUCGAUUGCAAACCUCUCCUUACCAGCUGUUCCUUCAUCACUGUCGAAUGAUGAAGAAUAUGAAUAUGACGAAUUCCAGUCUCCCCAACAUGAUGGUGGGGUGGAGAUGGUCCCUCUAAACCAUCCAGAGGACAAUCUGAGGAUGAACGGCUGGCUCAUCUGUAAAGAACAGGAUGAGAUGCUCAAUUUGGCCUUCACCGUGGGCUCCUUCCUCCUCAGCGCCAUCACACUCCCUCUCGGAAUCGUCAUGGACAAAUACGGCCCACGCAAACUCCGUCUGCUUGGAAGUGCCUGCUUUGCCCUCUCGUGCCUUAUGAUUGCUUAUGGAGCCAGCAACCCAAAUGAUCUGUCUGUUUUGAUCUUCAUCGCUCUGACCUUUAAUGGCUUUGGAGGAAUGUGUAUGACCUUCACUUCACUUACGCUGCCCAACAUGUUUGGCGACCUGCGUGCCACCUUCAUCGCGCUCAUGAUCGGCUCGUACGCUUCCUCGGCUGUCACCUUUCCUGGGGUCAAGGUGAUCUAUGACCUUGGUGUGACCUUCGUCACGAUUCUGGUGGUCUGGGCGGGCUGUGCAGGCCUGGUAUUCAUCAACUGCUUCUUCAACUGGCCCUUGGAGCCUUUCCCUGGACCCGAGGACAUGGACUACACUGUCAAGAUCAAGUUCAGUUGGCUGGGAUUUGACCAUAAGAUUACAGGAAAGCAGUUUUAUAAGCAGGUGACGACAGUGGGCAAGCGUCUUAGCAUGGAUAACACUCAGAAGCAGAAAGAGCUAGCCAAAGAGGGUCACAAACUCUGCCUGUCCACCAUGGACCUGGAACUGCAGUGUGAGGCCAAGGAGGAAACUCAGUCGUUCAUGCAGAGUAUAUUCAGCCCUCUCUUCAUGUUGAGUCUGGUGACCAUGUGUGUAACUCAACUGCGUCUCAUCUUCUACAUGGGAGCCAUGAACAAUAUCUUGGAGUCCCUCAGCGGAGGAGAUCUCAACACAGUUGAGAGAAUGGAAUUGGUGAGCCUCUACACCUCCAUUUUUGGCAUGAUGCAACUCUUGUGCUUGAUGACGACGCCGGUCAUCGGUCAGAUCAUGGACUGGAAGCUGAAGGAAUGCGAUGAUGGAGAAAUCAAUGAAAAAGAGCCCAACAAGGACGAGCCCCAGCCCAAACGCAGAGACAGACAGAUUCAGAAAGUCACCAACGCCACACGGGCCUUCAUCUUCACCAACAUCCUCCUCGUCGGCUUUGGCAUCACCUGCCUAAUUCCCAACCUCCCUCUCCAGAUGCUCUCGUUUGUCCUUCACACCAUCGUCAGAGGCUUCAUCCACUCAGCCAUCGGUGGACUUUAUGCUGCUGUGUACCCAUCAUCUCAGUUCGGCAGUCUGACAGGAAUGCAGUCAUUGGUUAGCGCUCUGUUCGCUCUGCUGCAGCAGCCUUUGUUCAUGGCUAUGAUGGGACCACUGAAGGGAGACCCACUCUGGGUGAAUGUUGGUCUGCUGGCUCUCAGCAUGAUGGGCUUCCUGUUACCACUCUAUCUACUGUACUUCAGGAAAACCCUGCACAAAAAGAGGAAGGAGAAGGAAAAUAAUGCUAAAAUCUAUCUCAAAAUCAAUGGCACUGACGUACCAGAGGCAUUUGUAUAAAGAAAGCAGAUAAAGGGAAAAACAGAGGCAUGAGAAUAUCAUCACAGCUAGACAAAAACACAAACGCAGAGACGAUUAAACACUGUUGUGCCUCUUUCUUAGAGGUUUAUUGAGUAACUCAGUAGACGAAAAGAGGAAUGAGAGAGACAGGAAGCAACAUGGGAAAUGUGGCACCCCUCUUCUUUGACAUUGUAUUUGAAUUGAAACAGAUAUUUUAUGUUACGCAUGUACACAUGUGAUAAAGUUUCAACCCUGACUGUUUCUCCAUAAUCUAAACCAGGGGCAUUUCAGUAUACAGCAUAUUAGUAUAUGCUUUUUUAUAUACACUGUUUAUGCCAACUGGACGUUUUUGAGGAGGACUGAAGCUAGCCUGGCCUGCACAGACGAUGUAAUGAUGUCAGUUUGUCUGUCUUGCCCAGGAACACCCAAACACCCCUAGUCAUUCAACUAAACUUCACAUAGGAUUUCAGUGUAAACCAUUAUAGCCCCAGUUUUCACUGUAAUAAUUGUGGUGCAAUGCAAUUGUAUUCACUAAAGACCACAUUUUUCCUUCAUAAUGAUCCACAAAGGGCCUUUUACAUUUUUCUAUGAAAUAAUGUUGUAUUUAUGAAAAAGAUCUGAUCACUUUUGAUCAUAGGUACUUUAUGAAAGCCACAAUUUAUGCAUUUCAUAUAUGUUUUUACACUACAUGUGCAUGAGAUGCAUACAUUAAAGAGGCUGAAAUGCUUAUGAUCUGCAGUGAGUGACUGAUCUGCGAGGUGAUGAAGAUGUCAGGGCAACAACAGCACUUUUAACACAUGUCCCAUAAACCCCUCAGGACCCAUAGUUCCCUUUUUCUGUCUUUCUUGCACUAACAUUCUGUGAUAUUUCAGAGUGUGUUGAGUCAUUUAUGUGUCACUGAUCAUAAGAUCAAAAUAUAAUGGACCUCUGAAGUAAAAUAUCAUAUAGAAAGCACAACGUAACUCACAAAUGUGCCUUUUGUGUGGUUUACAGUGAAGUUAGCGAUGCUGAUGAUAGCUGAUGGGAGGACUGGAGCCACAGAUACUGUAGAAAUGUUGGUAUGGUGUGUAUGUAUUUAUUUCUUCAAAAUCUAACAGACCAUAUGGACAAUGCAUAUGGACUUAUUUGCAAAGGUUUUUUUUUAGAUUAACUUACAUCUCAGUGUCGCACUGGCUGUUUGUUUGUUUUUUCAAAAACCUUCAUGUAUUAUUCUAUAUGGCAUUACUGUUGAGGAUUAUAUUCAAUAAAAUUUGUAAUUAU